CACACACACCACACACACACACACAUACAUACACACACCACACACACACACACACACACACCAUUCAAAACAACAACACACAAACAAAUAUCCGUGACAUGCGUCAGAGUAUGGGUAUAUAGUCUAUGCACUCAAAUAUUCGUCAAUUAAGUCUUCUUUCACAAAAAACCCCUACCCCCCAAAAAACCCCACCACAACACACACACACUAUAAAUUUCCACAAAAAAGCCCAUUAAAAAUCCCCACACACAUCCAAAAAACAAACAAAAAACACCCCCAAAACACCCAACAACCUAGAAAUCAAACAACAACAAAUAACAACAGCAAAAAACAACCCAAAACCAAAAAAAAACCCCAAAAAACAAAACCCAACAACUAAAAACAACCUCGGUUCCACUUUCUGUAAAUAUGUGCGAAUGUCCAAUCAAUCCAACUUGUUACAUGUCUGAUUACUUUCAUGGUCAGAUAAGGUAGUACCACGGUUGUUGAAUUUGGCCAAAUUUUAGUGUCUACAGCAUACUGUGCUAUGCGGAUUCAUCAUCCAUCGGUAAAAGAGUAACCCAUGAAGUAGCGACAGCGGGUUUCCUCUGACGCCAUAUAACCGUGAAUAAAAUGUGUUGAGUGUGUCGUUAAAUAAAACAUUUCCUUCCUUCCUUCAUCAUCCAUCGCGGGAAGAGAUGUAGCCCAGUAGUAAAGCGCUAGCCUGAAUCAUCGUCCGUCUGGGAUCGAUCCCCGUCGAUGGCUCCUUGGGCUACUAGUUCCAGCGAGUGCACCUAGCCCAAGUACUCUGCCGUUCGAGAGCUAGAAGGACUUUUGUACGGUAUGAUCGCUCUCUGUCAGAAUGAACGGCAGAGUACUUGGGCUACGAGUACACCAUGACAGGUAUAUCAAAGACCGUGGUAUGUGCUAUCCUGUCUGUGCGAUGGUACAUAUACAGGAUCUCUUGCAACUAAUGGGAACAAAUUAGUGAGUUUCCUUUCUAAGACUAUACGUCAAAAUUACCAAAUGUUUGACAUCCAGUAGCCGAUUAUUAAUAAAUCAAUAUGCUCUAGUGGUGUCGUUAAACAAAACAAACUUUUAACUUUUUAAAACAUCCAUCAUUUAGCGCACAAAACAUAAAUUAGCACAACCCCUUUUCAAAUUACUGUAUGACUGCGUACAAAAUAAAUUCACACCACCCCUAUUCAAAUUUCCGUAUCCGCCCUGUCUUUCGCACUUUAAAAUAAAUUAAAUAAACAGACAUGCAUACUGGAGUGACCUGGGUGAAUAGAUAACAACUGUGGUUAACAGAUUCGGGUCGUUUCGCCCUAACUAGUUUGACGGUGGCCAUUGUAAAAAUAAGUAGCUUAAGACAUUCUGAAAAAAAAUGGUCUCUGCAACUGUAAGUUUUAUAAUUUUCACGUUGACAUAUACAUGUAUAACACACCCCGUAGAAGCCGACGAAUUUGCAACGAAACUCGAGAAAUACAUACAGAACUUGGUAGAUUGUAAAAACCUGACAGGCUUGGCAGUAACCGUGGUGAAAUGGAAUGAAACCAUUUACCAGGGUGGAUUUGGUUAUCAGACUCUGGAAGAGAAACAACCAGUAACGGAGAAAACGCUUUUUAACGUCGGUUCCAACACCAAGGCCUUCACGUCGACGUUAGCAGCCGACGCCGUUGGCCGCGGCAAACUGCAGUGGGACGAGCCUCUUCGGACGGUUCUGGGGAAGGACUUCCAGCUGCAGGAUGAGUUCCGGACAUCAGAGGCCACCAUCAGAGAUCUGCUGGCGCAUAAACUAGGAAUGCCGAACUACUGGGGUGUCACGACUGCUGUGAUGAAUUUCACCAGAGAAGAAAUUGUCAAACGAUUUCGGUAUUUCCCAGUGAAGUAUGGCUUUCGAGAAUGGUUUCUCUACUCCAACUAUCCGUUUGUGUUGGCCGCGGCUACCAUCGAGAAGGCGACCGGAGAGCGGUGGGAGGAGGCGAUGUACAACAGAAUAUACAAACCUCUGGGAAUGACGGGAGCUCGGAUUGCCGCCACUAUGACGGACGAUGAUUGGUCGAAAACAGCCUGGUCCUAUACGUGGAUUAACAACACGUACGUGAAGAAUCCUGAGAAAACUAAUAUUAGAACUGUUGUCGAAAUUGAUCCAGCAGGAGGCGUAUUCAUCAAUGCGGAAGAUAUGGCCAAGUGGAUAAAAUUUCACUUAAGAGGAGGAAAAGACGAGAAAGGCUCUCAACUUCUUAACAGUGCUGCUCUUCAAGAAACUUACAAACCAAUGAUGCCAAGUCUGAGUGGCCGGAGAAUAUACAAACCCAAAUAUCCCGUGGACAACUUCAACCCCACUUACGCCAUGGGAUGGAGGAAUGGGCUUUACAGAGGAAGACCAACCGUGUUCCACACCGGUUCUUACAGCAGUUACGCGUCCCGGGUCACUUUCUUCCCCAGUAAUGGAAUCGGGGUUUGGUCCGCCAUCAGCACGGACAGUUCCCUCUUCAAUCAGUAUGACGUCAACAGAUUCGUCAGCUGGUUCGCCUCAGAUCUGCUCCUGGGUAAGAAACCGUGGCUUAAUGAAACAACGUCUUGCGACCCUUCACCGUGGAGCCGCCGUCGCAGGAGGAAAAGAAGAUCACCGAUUAACAAACGAUCACAGCCCGGAACUACGUCACAACCGAACUCUACCGAGUACCUCGGGGACUACUUCCACCCGGGCUUCGGCAAGCUGACCGUGUUCCUAGACGAAAACGAGAACCUGAAAUUCAAAUUCGGGUUGCUUCUCCACGGCCUGCUCCUGUCGACGUCAACCCCGGACACGUUUUACCAGCAACUCGAUUUCCCGCUCGUGUUUCGUUUUCAUGCUCCCGGGUCCGAUUUUGUCUUCAUCCGCAACAAGCAAGGCGUCGUAGUGGGGACGAGGGUGUUUUAUUUGGAAUAUAGUCUUCCGCCAGUUUUAUAAAAGUGGAUUUGGUCCAGAGGUAGACAAGGGUGCGCCAACAACCCUUGGGUGUAAGGACUCCCCUUCAUCUAAUUCAGCUCCCGCGAAUAUCAACAGCAUGGCCAUACAGGCGAUUUCUGUGCUUUCGGUUCUUCAUCGUAUAUUACAGGAUCGUGCAUAGCUUAAAAUAACAGCAGUUUCUUUUCUGGUAGAGUUAAGUAACUGUUUACCAAAUUAAUAUUUUUAUAUAAACGGGGUGUAUCUUAGGCUAACUGUGUAGUAUAGUAUAGCAAUGAUCUUUAAACAAUUGUGUUUUUUUUGCAUAAGGCAGUAAAAAACAGGUUUUGACAAGGUCUUGACUACUCAUACGUAUCCGGUCAGGUACGUCGUCUAUAAGAGGACUACCAUUCACCGGAUACAUAGCAAUCUUUAGGAUGACUACAGGAUAUAGUGUUCAUCAUUAGGAGGACUGCCACUCUCAGUACUGAUUUCACAAAUGUUAAUCGGCACAAGGCCGAACUUAUUGGACAUUUGGAUAGUUUUGAAGGCAAUAUACUCAAGAAACAUGGUCAAACUGUCUGUGUUGUAGCAUAUUACUUUGCAUCCGCCCUAUCCGGUGAAUUCUUACAAACCAACUUACAAUAUGCUUUUCAAAAUCCCUUUAAGUUGUUGUAAUAUCAAGUAUUAAACCAUUUACAAAUUAAAA